CAGAAAUUCAGAACUUCUCAGAUAUUAAGAAGAAGAUAUUUAGAGCUUUUAUUAAUAUAUCUAUCUCUCAAAUUUAGUCUUCAUCUUCUUCAUUUUACAACACGUUAUCAGCACGAAUCUGCUCAAAACCUUCAAGAAAUCAUCAUCUCCUGCAGUAAAUCAUGGCAAACAUAAGCAAACGAGAAUUCGACGUUCUUGAUCUGUCCGGUCAAAAAUACCUGGAAUGGAAAGUGGAUACCUUGGCACAUUUAAAAGCAAAUGGAUUGGAAGACACCAUUGAAGCCAAUAAUAUGUCAUCUUCGCAAGACAAAGCGAAAGCUAUAAUUUUCCUCCGUCACCACCUCCAUGAAAGUCUCAAAUCUGAAUAUCUUUUGGUUGAUGAUCCAAAAGAAUUAUGGGAUAAUUUACAAGAGAGGUAUGGCCACCAACAAAAGGUACUUUUACCAAAAGCUCAGUAUGACUGGAUCAAUUUAAGAUUCCAGGACUUUAAAUCUAUCAGUGACUAUAAUUCUGCUAUGUUCCAAAUAACAUCCAAAUUAAAGUUAUGUGGACAAAAAGUCACUGACGCUGAUAUGUUGGAGAAAACCUUUUCUACUAUGCAUAUCUCUAAUAUGCUGCUACAACAGCAAUAUAGAGAAAAGGGUUUUAAAAAAUACUCUGACUUAAUAUCAGUAUUAUUGGUAGCUGAGCAAAACAAUGACCUUUUGAUGAAAAACCACAAUUUGAGACCCACCGGUUCUAGUCCUUCGAUUUAUGGUCCAUCUGGCCAUAAUUUAGCCACUGAAUCAAAUGCAACACACAGUGGCAGUAGAAGGCAUUUUAAACGUGGGCAUUUUAGUGGUCAUAAUAACAAGUCUUACAGAGGAUAUAAACGGGUCGAAAGACCGAAUUACAAGGGCAAGGGCAAACAAAAAGCUCAUCAAAUAAAUCGCCCUACAAAAACCUCAGUAAAAACGACUUGUUAUAAAUGUGGCAUGACGGGGCACUGGGCUAAUAAAUGUCGCACGGCUAAACAUCUGGUGGAGUUAUUUCAAGCUUCCAUGAAUCUGAACAAAGACAAAAAUGUGGAAACUAAUUAUGUUAAUGACACAACUCCACCUCUGACAAAAUUUGAUGUGUCCGACUUCUUCGUGAAUGAUGCCAUUAUGGACGAUGCUUUUGCAAUAAAUCAAAAUAUCACAAAAUAAAAUAUUAGACUCUAAUCCUUAUAUUGUAACAUAUUAGUUUUAUGUACUUUUUCUUUCUUCCCCUUUUUCUUUUGUUUUUAAAUAAAUAUGUGUAAUAUAUAUACUUUGUGUUAAAUUAUAUGUACAAUUUGUGAUCAAGCUUAUGUU